AACCCCACCCACGCUUCAAGAGCAGGCUUCUGCCUGUACCUGUCAGUUGUGAUCCCAGCUAAACUCAUGCAUGUUUACCUUAAAUAUUAAGCUUAAUCAGGCUCCCGUCGGACAGGUGGGAGUAUCUUGAACUGUUAGCGAAAGCAUGGACAGCCAAGGGAGGAAGGUGGUGGUUUGUGACAAUGGGACGGGGUUUGUCAAGUGUGGCUUUGCUGGGUCCAACUUCCCCGAGCACAUUUUCCCAGCCAUGGUGGGACGGCCAAUCAUACGGUCAGCCACCAAAGUGGGCAACAUUGAGAUUAAGGACCUGAUGGUUGGGGAUGAAGCCAGCGAGUGCCGCUCCAUGCUGGAGGUGUCCUACCCCAUGGAGAACGGCAAGGUGCGAUGCUGGGAAGACAUGCUGCACCUGUGGGACUACACCUUUGGCCCAGAGCGUCUCAACAUCAGCCCAUCAGAAUGCAAGAUCUUGCUGACUGAGCCACCCAUGAAUCCCACCAAGAACCGAGAGAAAAUCGCUGAGGUCAUGUUUGAAAAGUACCAGUUUCAUGGGAUCUAUGUGGCGAUUCAGGCUGUGCUCACACUCUACGCCCAGGGUUUGCUUACUGGGGUGGUUGUAGACUCGGGAGACGGCGUAACCCACAUCUGCCCGGUUUACGAAGGCUACUCUCUACCCCACCUCACGCGCAGGUUGGACAUUGCAGGACGAGACAUCACGCGCUACCUCAUUAAGCUCCUGCUGCUGCGUGGCUAUGUCUUCAAUCACACGGCUGACUUUGAGACGGUGCGGAUGUUGAAGGAGAAGCUCUGCUACGUUGGAUACAACAUUGAACAAGAGCAGCGCCUGGCCCUGGAGACCACCUUCCUGGUAGAGUCCUAUAUGCUCCCCGAUGGCCGGCAGAUAAAUGUAGGUGGAGAGCGAUUUGGGGCUCCAGAAGCUCUUUUCCAGCCUCACCUCAUCAACGUGGAAGGAGUUGGCGUGGCCGAGCUGCUCUUCAACACCAUCCAGACUGCAGACAUUGACCUCAGGGCUGACUUCUACAAGCACAUCGUCCUGUCAGGAGGGACCACCAUGUAUCCCGGCCUUCCCUCCAGGCUGGAAAGAGAGAUCAAGCAACUCUAUCUGGAGAGGGUGCUUGAUGGAGACACCGAGAAGCUAUCAAAAUUCAAGAUCCGAAUCGAGGACCCGCCCAGACGCAAGCACAUGGUGUUCCUGGGCGGAGCUGUGCUGGCCAACAUCAUGAAAGACAAGGACUCCUUCUGGCUCAGCCUGGAGGAGUACAGGGAGAAGGGCGUGGGCGUGCUGCAAAAGCUGGGAGGAGGAAUCCGAUGAAACAAUUACAACAGAACAGAUAGAGAGAAACCAAUGUAUGAACUAAUGCUAAUUUUGUUAUUUCAUCAAAAAGAUUGCCCAAUUAUUGCCUUUUCCUCUUCUCUGUUCAUAAAAACAGUGAGCUUGAUUCUACUGCUUCUUUGACCAUAAACGCUGUAAGGCAAGCAAUCAACUGGAUUUUAUAAAUAUUAUUACUAAACCAGACAUUUUUGUUUUCUUGGUUUACACAGCAUCAUCUAUUUAUUGGUCCCUCAUUUUUUUUGGCCUAUUUAUAAAUGUCCAAACAAAAAGUUAAAUAUGAAAACAGGUAUCUUCCUGAAGAGGAUAAAAAUAACUGGUAAAAUCAUCACAAACAUAAAUUCAUAUGGAAAUGGACCAAACGGAUUGACUCAGUUGGCCUUACUGACACAUUUUUCUGCGACCACUUACCCCAUAAAAACAAAUAACUGAGUCUGAAUUGUGAAUCACACAUUUUCACUUGUUCUUUGCAAACACUUUGGAAAAAACAUGUACUUGUAUUGGGAAGUGGAUGCUUUCCAUGGCCAUAAGAUGACAAAGUGAAUAAAAAAUAAAUAUUUCUAACAUUUCUAAGAUGUUAACAGUGAUAAAGCUAACUUUGUUUGCCAAAGAGAAAUCCAAGACGAAUGAUUUGGAAAAGAUACUCAUUUGAAAAAAUAAUAUAAAAUAUUAAAUAAUA